CUUCUCAUGGUCCAGCUUUGGGACAAGAACAAAUUCAGAAAAGAUGUAAUGUUAGGUGAAAUGGUGAUGGAUAUAACUCACUUCAAAGGUACUUCAACGUUUUACACUACGAGGAUAGAUCGAAGCGAACGCGAAGGAGGUGCAAGCUCUGCAGCAGGAGAUGUUGCUGUGUCAGGUUAUGUAUUGCCUGCAAAGAUACCAGAUGUUGCUGCAGAUUUCAAAAAACCAAGAAACCUCCGUUUCCAAAGCCAAUGGUCAAAGUACAAAAAACCAGGAGAUGAAGUUGACACCAUUAAUCUCCUUGAUACGGAAAGUCUUAGAGGAUGGUGGCCUGUGUUGAACAAGAAACAUUUCAAUAAAAAAGAUGAUGAUGAUGCAGCAAAAAAGAAAGAUGAUGAUUACGAUCCCAAACAAUUGUAUAUUAUGGGGCUAGUUGAAUUAGAAAUGUCGUUGGUCACAGCAGCAGAAGCAGAAGCUGAUCCAGUGGGGAGGAAAAGAAAAGAGCCAAAUCAUGUAAGAAUUUAUCCAAAGUAUAUGAAGUGCGCGAGGUCUUAUUGGAAGACCUCAUUGUCAGAACACUCAGUCCUUUGCUGCUAG